AUGUCCAACAUCGAAGUCCCCGCCAACAUCUCCUUCCCUAAGGAGGAAGAGAGAAUUCAAGAGUUUUGGAAAGAAAUCGACGCCUUCAAGACCUCGCUGAAGCUCUCGGAGGGCCGUCCUCCCUUCUCGUUCUACGACGGUCCUCCAUUUGCCACUGGUUUGCCGCACUAUGGCCACUUGCUUGCUGGCACCAUCAAGGACACCGUCACUCGCUACGCCCACCAAACCGGUCACUAUGUCGAGCGUCGAUUUGGCUGGGACACCCACGGCCUCCCUGUCGAGUACGAGAUCGACAAGAAGCUCGGUAUCAAGGGCCCCGAGGACGUCAAGAAGAUGGGCAUCGAGGCCUACAACGCCGAGUGCCGUGCGAUUGUGAUGCGCUACGCCGAGGAGUGGGAGAGCACCGUCACCCGCAUGGGUCGCUGGAUCGACUUCAAGAACGACUACAAGACCCUGAAUCCUUCGUUCAUGGAGUCGGUGUGGUGGGUCUUCAAGCAGCUCUACGAGAAGGACCAGGUCUAUCGUGGAUUCAGAAUUCUGCCCUACUCGACUGCCAUCUGCACGUCUCUGUCCAACUUUGAAGCCAACCAGAACUACAAGGACGCCAUCGAUCCCUCUGUUGUUGUCUCGUUCCCGCUCAAGAACGACCCUGAGGUCUCGCUCCUCGCCUGGACGACCACCCCCUGGACAUUGCCCAGCAACCUCGCCCUUUGCGUGAACCCCAACUUUGAUUAUGUCAAGAUCAAGGAUGGAGAAAGUGGCAAGAUCUGGAUCCUCAUGGAGAAGCGCCUUGAGAUUCUCUACAAGGAUGUCAAGAAGGCCAAGUUCACUGUCCUUGACCGCAUGAAGGGCUCUGACCUCAAGGGACUCGAAUACGUGCCUCUCUUCCCUUAUUUCUCCCAUCGCCAGGGACAGGGAUCGUUUGUCGUCGUUAACGACACCUACGUCACCGAGGAGGGCGGCACGGGUGUUGUCCACCAGGCUCCUGCCUUUGGUGAAGACGAUUACCGUGUUUGCCUGCAAAACAAGGUCAUCAAGAACGAGAGCGAUCUGGUCUGCCCCAUCGAUGCUGUCGGCAGAUUCACCAAGGAGGUUCCCGACUAUGCCGGACAAUACAUCAAGGACGCCGAUAAGGAAAUUCAGAAGGAUCUCAAGAAGCGCGAGCGUCUCAUCCGCCAGACCCAGUUCUCGCACAGCUACCCCUUCUGCUAUCGAUCCGAUACACCCUUGAUCUACAAGGCCGUGCCCAGUUGGUUCGUUCGUGUCUCCAACAUCAACGAGAAGCUCCUUGCCAACAACGACCAGACCUACUGGGUUCCCGACUUUGUCAAGGACAAGCGCUUCGCCAACUGGCUGGCCGAUGCCCGCGACUGGAACAUUUCUCGCAACCGAUACUGGGGCACCCCCAUCCCUCUCUGGGUCAGCGAGGAUUUUGAGGAGAUUGUCGCCAUCGGAUCCGUCGCCGAGCUCGAGGAGCUCUCUGGCGUCACCGGCAUCACCGACUUGCAUCGCGACAGCAUCGACCACAUCACCAUUCCCUCGAAGAAGGGCAAGGGCCAGCUCCGUAGAGUCGAGGAGGUCUUUGACUGUUGGUUCGAGAGUGGCAGCAUGCCCUACGCCCAGCAACACUACCCCUUCGAGAACCAGCAAAAGUUCGAGUCCACCUUCCCUGCGGAUUUUAUUGCCGAGGGCCUGGACCAGACUCGUGGCUGGUUCUACACCCUUCUUGUCCUGUCCACCCAUCUCUUCGACCGUCCCCCCUUCAAGAACGUCAUUGUGAAUGGACUGGUUUUGGCUGCCGACGGCAAGAAAAUGAGCAAGCGUUUGAAGAACUAUCCCGAUCCCAACGUUGUGAUGGACACCCACGGCGCUGAUGUCCUCAGACUCUACCUCAUCAACUCGCCUGUUGUCCGAGCCGAGCCACUCCGGUUCAAGGAGGAAGGCGUCAAGGAACUCGUUGCCAAGGUGUUCCUGCCCUGGUACAACGCCUAUCGCUUCUUCUUCUCGCAGGUCGCUCUGCUAAAGAAGGAACACGGCAUCGAGUACAAGUACAACGAGACUGCCCUGAACACCUCGACCAACGUCAUGGACCGCUGGAUCCUUGCCAACACCCAGCGCUUGAUCGCCUUUGUCCACCAGGAGAUGGCGGCAUACCGCCUGUACACGGUCGUUCCUCGUCUGCUCAAGUUGAUUGACGAGCUGACAAACUGGUACGUCCGCUUCAACCGCAAGCGCCUUAAGGGUGACAACGGCCCCGAGGAUGCCGUCCAGGCCCUCGACACCCUCUACGAGGUCCUCUUCACCCUCGUCAAGACGAUGUCUCCCUUUACGCCGCACAUUACCGAGAGCAUGUACCAGAACCUGCGCCAGGUCCACGCCAACCUGGGAUCGACCGACACUCGCUCUGUCCACUUCCUGAUGAUGCCUCAGGCCAAGGCCGAGUACUUCAAUGCCGACAUUGAGCGCGCUGUUGCUCGCAUGCAGACUGUCAUCGAGCAGGUCCGCGUGAUCCGCGACAAGAAGACCAUCCCCCUGAAGACCCCUCUGAAGGAGCUCAUCAUCAUCAACGCCGAUUCCCAGUACCUCGAGGACAUCAAGGCGUUCGAGUCCUACAUUGUUGAGGAAGUCAACGUGCGCACCAUCACCGUGACCUCGGACGAGAAAGCUUACGGCGUCAAGUACAAGAUUGAAACCGACAAGAAGAACAUCGGCAUCAAGUACAAGAAGGACGCGGCCAAGAUCAACGCGGCGGCCAAGGACUUUAGCGAAGUCGACAUUGCCAAGUUCGUCAAGACCCGCGAGCUCGAGGUUGCGGGCUUUACUCUUGGAGAGGAGGAUCUCAAGAUCAUCCGCUACUUUGAGAACGCCGGCGACUACGAAGCCGAGUUCGAUCGCGAAAACCUGACUAUCCUCGACUGCACUCUCGACCAAAACUUGAUCCAAGAGGGUCUCGCCCGCGAGGUCAUCAACCGCAUCCAGCGCCUGCGAAAGAAGGCUGGCCUGCAAGCCACCGAUGAGAUCACCUACUACUACGAGCUCCAGAAGGAUCCGCAAAACGAGCUCGAGACGGUUCUGUCUCAGCAACAGCCCUUCCUGUCCAAGUCUCUUAAGCAGGAUGUGGUCCCUGUCAGCCAGAAGCCUGCUGGAGCCCAGGUCAUCAUCGCGGAGGAGCAGGAAGUCAACAACAGCACUUUUGUCCUGACCUUCACGGUAAUGCGCGAUCGCUCGUUGGCUUAG